CCGGCUGCUGUGUCCUGGAAUUCUGAGAUUUCUCCUGGAGAGCCAUUCAUGCCAGGAGAAAACCCGAGAGACAGCACCGAGACUGCCAUGUUCUCAGAUUUACAUUACUGAUCUUCAAAUGAAAUAGACCGUUCUGUGAAGGCAUGAAAUAUGAAGCGCUACAUAAGUAGUUGUUCCAUAAUAUCUGCCAAGAUGAGGAAGAAUACAAUGAAGACACCACUGAGCGAAAUAGCAGUGUGUGCUUUCAGAGUAAAUUCUCUUUGAGAAGGAACCAGAGGCUGGUCAUAAAACUUCAAGCAAUCUACAACUGUAUGAAUUAGAAAGUCCUUCCCUUCUUGCCUUUACACACAUUUAGUCAAUUGGCAUCCCAAAAUGAGUGAGAUUGAGCUGGCAGAGGCCCAGCUCUCUGAGUUAGAGCUGCUGGCCAGUAUGUUCCCCAGCGAGGAUGAGUUCAUGGUGAAUGACCAGCUGGCUUUAGCUGAACUGAAAGAUUGUAUUGCAAAGACGACCAUGGAAGGGCGGUCCUCAAAAAUUUACUUUACACUUAAUAUCAACCUGGAUGUAUCUGAGGAAGCGACGGUAAUGUUCUCACUGGCCUGCAUCCUUCCUUUCAAAUACCCUGCCGUUCUACCUGAAAUUACUGUCAGGUCAGCCUUCUUAAAUAGAUCCCAGCAGACUCAGCUGACUACAGACCUGAAUGCAUACUUGCAAAAAAACUACUGCGGAGACGUGUGUAUAUUGAAUGCCACAGAGUGGGUUAGAGAACAUGCCUGCGGGUAUAUCAGCCGAGAUGCCACAUCUGCCACCACAGGAAGUACAGCCCAGUCACUCGAGCCUAUUCUCACCCGGCUCUGGAUCUAUAGCCAUCACAUCUACAACAAAUACAAAAGGAAGGAUAUUCUAGAAUGGGCCAAGGAGCUUUCUCUGUCUGGGUUUAGCAUGCCCGGGAAGCCUGGUGUGGUUUGCGUGGAAGGCCCACAAAGUGCCUGUGAAGAAUUCUGGUCAAGACUCAAAAAAUUAAACUGGAAACGAAUUCUCGUUCGCCAUCGGGAAGACAUUCCUUUUGAUGGCACAAGUGGCGAACUGGAAAGACAAAAAAAGUUCCCAACUUUCGAAGAAAAAGUGUUCACUCCUCAUGGAGCCAGAGGAAAUCACAUGGACUUUGGUCAGCUGUAUCAGUUUUUAAAUGCCAGAGGAUGUGGAGAUGUUUUCCAGAUGUUCUUUGGCGUGGAAGGACAAUAACUGAGAGUGUUUUGUCACUGUUGGUCUUUUGAUUUUCCUAUCCUUUCUUUCUCAGAAGGUCAAUCCUUUUACUUUAGUCCCGUCCUAGAGAGUUAUGGAGAAGAAAAUUUAAAAGCGAGAAUAAAGAAGAUCUGAAAUAUA